AUGGCAGACAUAGAAACUUCCCCAUCAGAGCAAACACCGCUCAUCAGAUCUUCGAGCCAUGACCCUAAACAUGGCUCCGAAUCGGGUGUCAAGUUUCGAAGAGGGUUGAGCAUCAUUGUUCUGAUGGGCUUCCUCAUAUUUAUCCAUGCUACCAACAUGUCGAUGAUGACUACCGCACAGUCCGAGAUUGCAGCAGACUUGGAUGCCUUUGCAGAAGUGACCUGGUUCACUUCGGCCUAUAUCAUUGCUGCAUCCAGUGUGACUCCAUUGACAGGGCGGCUUUUGGAAAUUUUCACACCGCGCCUUUACGUGAUUUUCUCAAGUAUACUUCUCUCAGUUGGUCUUUUUAUUACGGCUGCAGCACCCUCGUUAUCCAUCUUUCUUAUUGGGAGAGUUGUCUCUGGCUGUGGCGGCGCCGGGUUAAUGAGCACAUCUAUCAUUCUAGCGCUAGAUCUUUCUAGUCCGAAACGACGUGGAUUGUGUAUUGGGCUCAUUAAUUGUGGACUCACUACGGGUGUUGCUACAGGCGCUGUUCUAGCAGGCCUGCUAACACCUACUUUAGGAUGGAGGCUCAUCUUUUGGGUACAAGCCCCAGCAGCAUUGGUCCUGGGACCUCUACUUUUCUUGGCCAUUCCUUCUGCCGGAGAUAAUAGCCCAUUGGAAGUCCGGGUAUUGCUUCAUAAACUUGCGAGAGUCGACUAUGCAGGUGCUCUGACAUUGACCCUGUCGGUAGUUUCGCUGCUCUUCAGUCUCGCGUCACCGGAGAUCCUGCUCUGGCCAAUUCCAUUGGCAUUAAUCUUCUUUGCCAUCUUCAUUUGGGUUGAGACGCGUGCUCGAGAACCAGUCAUCCCCAUCAAACUGUUGCAAAGUCGCAGUGUUUUGUUGACAUGUAUCGCUGGUCUCGGUCUGAUGAUGGCGCGUUGGGCGGUGCUCUUCUACACACCAACGUAUGCCAUGGCAGUCCGGGGCUGGUCUCCUGCAUCUGCAGGGCUUAUUCUGGUCCCCACAAAUACUGGGUUUGGGACGGGUGGAUUGUUGGUGGGAUGGCUGCACAUUCGUAAAGCUGGGAGUUAUUAUAAAUCCUGUUUGGUUAUUUUUGUGCUUUUCACCUUAGCCACCGCGGCGCUAUCCGUUCUCUCGACACCAGAAUCACAUACUGCUGUGUAUGUGAUUACAACCUUCUUCAAUGGACUCUGUGCGGGGGCUUUAAUGAACUAUACCUUGUCGCAUGUGCUGUAUCUCACCGGCAGUGAGUUACACUAUAUUGUCAGCGCCCUGAUAGCCAUGUCGCGAGGAUUUGCCGCGAGUUUUGGAUCUGCCAUUGGAGGAGGAUUUUUCACGCGCAUCCUCAAGUCGUCGUUGGAAACAGGAUUCGCCGAGCGUGGAUUGCCACCUCGGCCGGAACUUGUGCGUACACUUCUUGGAAGUCCGGCCACCGUCACUCGUCUGGUGGGUAUGGAGCGGUUUGUUGCUAUCGAGAGCUAUGAACAUGCAAUCCGAAUGCUCUUUCUCGCAGGGAGCUUUGUCGCCCUGGUGGCCACUGCAUUUCAGGCGGGUACUGGAUGGAGUCCCGAAUGGGAAGAUCCAGAAGAAUUGGAUGAAUAG